GCGUCGUGUUUGGUCAACCCCGUUGUUGAUGCAGAUUGACCCUGCGGCCUCUUGAAAACAAGCCAUAUCAUCCGCUGUCGAGUAGCAGAUCUUGAACAGCGUUCUGCUUGUCUGUUUCUAUGAACCGGCCAAAAUGACGGAAGCCAUCGCGAUGCCUCAGAAGCGGGUUCUAGGCGAGGCAACGAACAACGUGCAAAACGGUGUUAAUUCGCCCAACGCCCUGAAGAAGCGCAAGCUCGAUACGGAUACAAAGACUGUCAGCUCUCCUUACCGGAAUGGGCCUCCCAAAGCGUUUGGCUCCAGCCAGGCGCCACAGAAAAGCCAGUUCGAGGAAGAGGUGCUGGAAAAACUGACCCAGGAUAUCAACGGCCUCAAAGAGAACAACUCAGAAAAGGAUCAGCAGUGGGAGAGACCGCCGUUGGGUGAUUUUGAUGAGAAGAAAGACAGCAUUUGCUUCCAGCAGAUUGACGUGGAAGAGGGAACUUUGAUGGGAGGCAAGACAGCGGUUAAGCUUUUCGGUGUCACAGAGGCUGGCCAGUCGGUUCUACUCCAUGUCACGGGCUUCCAACAUUAUCUCUAUAUCGCCGCGCCAGUCGGUUUCACGAAAGAAGAUUGCGAACCGUACCGGGCUUUCCUGGAGAGCAAGCUGGGUCAAUUCCAACCUGUGAUUCAGUCCGUCCAGAUUACCAUGCGGGAAAACCUUUACGGCUUCCAGGGCAACCAGAAAAGUUACUACCUGAAGAUUACCGUCACGGAGCCAAAAUUCAUCAGCAAAUUGAGAGGCGCACUAGAGAACACCGCCUCGGCGGUCAACUACAAGGGCAUGUGGGCUAACACUGAGAGUGGUAUCCUUACAUUCGAUAGCAUUCAAUAUGUCCUGCGAUUCUUGAUUGACACGGGGAUUUCUGGUAUGUCAUGGGUGGAAGCAAAAGCUGGGAAAUACCGUCUUCUGCCUCCCAGGGAGAGACAGUCCAACUGUCAAAUUGAAGCUUCCGUCGAUUACCAGGACCUGAUCGCCCAUGCUCCUACUGGGGAAUGGGCAAAGAUGGCACCCUUGCGCAUUCUGUCUGUUGAUAUUGAGUGUGCAGGCCGAAAGGGAAUCUUUCCUGAACCCAACCAGGACCCUGUGAUUCAGAUCGCCAAUGUCGUGACUCGAUAUGGAGAGUCCAAGCCCUUUGUUCGAAACGUGUUUGUGUUGGAUACAUGCAGUUUGAUUGUCAAUACGCAAAUUCUCGAGUUUGAGAAGGAAGAGAAAAUGCUCAUGGCAUGGCGGGAUUUCGUGGAGAAGGUUGAUCCCGAUGUAAUCAUCGGGUACAAUAUUGCGAACUUCGACUUUCCUUAUCUUCUUGACCGAGCGAAACAUCUAAAGUGCACUGGGUUUCCGUACUGGACCCGGUUAAAAGGUGUCCAGUCUCAGGCAAAGGAGGCGAACUUUUCCAGCAAGCAAAUGGGUAACCGUGAGAGCAAGUCGACAAACACAAAUGGUCGAAUCCAACUUGAUCUUCUUCAAUUAGUCCAACGAGACCAUCAUCUGCGAAGCUAUACACUGAAUUCCGUGUCUGCCGAAUUCCUGGGGGAGCAGAAAGAAGAUGUCCACCACACCAUGAUCACGGAACUCUUCAAUGGAACACCGGACUCGAGAAGACGUCUUGCCGUCUACUGUCUCAAGGAUGCGUAUCUCCCUCAAAGACUGAUGGAUAAGCUGAUGUGUCUCGUGAACUAUACCGAGAUGGCAAGAGUCACGGGUGUGCCGUUCAACUACCUGCUCGCACGUGGCCAACAGGUCAAGUUUAUCAGCCAGCUGUUUCGAAAAGCCCUUGAACAACAGCUUGUCAUUCCCAAUAUAAAAUCCUCAGAUGAGCAGGAUUAUGAAGGUGCCACCGUUAUCGAACCCAUUCGAGGCUAUUACGGUGUACCCGUUGCGACCCUCGAUUUCGCAUCUCUUUACCCUUCUAUUAUCCAAGCGCACAACCUCUGCUACACGACUUUACUGAAUAAGAAUAGCGUCGAGAAGCUUAACUUGAAGAAGGAUGAGGAUUAUAUCGUGACACCAAACGGAGAUAUGUUCUGUACCGCCAAGGUCCGCAAGGGCCUACUUACUCAGAUUCUUGAGGAGCUGUUGGGUGCAAGAAAGCGUGCGAAGAAGGAGUUGGCAGUCGAAACCGAUCCAUUCAAGAAGGCCGUGCUGAACGGAAGACAGUUGGCUCUCAAGAUCAGUGCCAACAGUGUGUAUGGUAUUACCGGCGCGACCGUCGGAAAGCUGCCGUGUCUUGCCAUUGCUAGUAGCACAACCAGUUACGGACGUCAGAUGAUCGAGAAGACCAAGCAAGAAGUGGAGGCUCGCUACACCAUUGCCAAUGGAUAUUCCCAUGAUGCCAAGGUCAUCUACGGUGAUACCGAUUCUGUCAUGGUCAAGUUCGGCGUGACCGAGCUCGAAGAUGCCAUGAAGCUUGGCCAGGAAGCCGCGGAUUAUGUUUCCUCGAAGUUCAUCAAGCCGAUCAAGCUCGAGUUCGAAAAGGUUUAUUUCCCUUACUUGUUGAUCAACAAGAAGCGAUACGCUGGUCUAUACUGGACGAAUCCUAAGAAAUACGACAAGAUGGAUAGCAAGGGUAUUGAGACUGUCCGUCGUGACAACUGCCGGCUUGUCCAAACUGUCAUUGAAACCGUCCUGCAUAAGAUUCUCAUUGACCGAGAUCUAGAUGGUGCCCAAAGUUACGUGAAAGACACCAUCUCCGACCUUCUGCAGAACAAGAUCGACAUGUCUAAGCUUGUGAUUACAAAGGCUCUUUCCAAGUCCGACUAUACCGCCAAGCAGGCUCAUGUUGAACUCGCGGAGCGCAUGCGAAAGCGUGAUGCAGGUUCUGCUCCUACCUUAGGUGAUCGUGUGGCCUAUGUCAUCGUCAAGGGUGCCGGAGGCUCCAAGAACUACGAAAAGUCCGAGGAUCCGAUCUAUGUCCUAGAAAACAACAUCCCCAUCGAUACCAAGUACUACCUGGAUAACCAACUUGCGAAUCCUCUGGGCCGUAUCUUUGAACCUAUUCUAGGAGAAAAGAAGGCGAGCCAGCUGCUCACUGGCGAGCACACGCGCUCCAUCUCCGUCGCGGCACCGACAAUGGGUGGCCUCAUGAAGUUCGCCAAGAAGACACAGACUUGCAUGGGCUGUAAAAAGCCUUUGUCGGGCAAGGAGGAAAUGGCCGGCGCCGUCUGCGAGCACUGCCGCCCGCGACUGGGCGAGCUGUACACCAAGACAUUGAACAAGGUCUCGGAUCUGGAAGUCCGGUUCGGGCGCCUGUGGACCCAGUGCCAGCGGUGUCAGGGCAGUCUGCACUGUGAAGUCAUCUGCUCCUCUCGCGAUUGUCCUAUCUUCUAUAUGCGCAUGAAAGCCAAGAAAGACGUGGAAGAUUCGCAAAAGGAGCUGUCUCGCUUCGACUUUGACCCUGGCGCCUGGUAGAUUACGCCUGGUGUUUCUAUUAUUUUCCUUUCUUUAUCUCUUGAUGGCACGGCGUUUGGAGGCUUGGGCGGCCUAUAAGCCAUGGAUGAAAACCGACUAGUUAGUAUGCAGUCAUGUAGUUUAGCAGUUUUCUAUAGAUACGAGCUCGUAUCAUGAGACGAAUAGCGUAAUUGGCAGAAUGAAGUCUUGGAACC